AUGCGCUUCUUCGCCACUAUCAGCGCCGGAACCCUCCUGUUCCAGAGCAGCACCAUCAUGGCCGCCACGGUCGACCUUCAGUCUAACCAAGACAACGCUCGCGCCGCACUGAAAGACCUCAUGGAUCAAUGCGGCAACGGCAACCUAGCAGGGAACGCCAAACGCGUCUCCAGCAGCGCGUACAACGGUGUUGUCGCUUACGCCUGCAAUGGCUUCUGCCGCACUGGCUACAUGCCCUGCCAGGACGCUGAGUGGAGCAUCAACCGCGUCAUCAACAACUGCAACUUUGGCAAGGGCAUGGGAUGGGACAGCCAGGAGACAAGGGGCACGUGGUAUGGCAUUGCGCAUGAUUGGGACAACCCGUGUGGCUAUGGCUACACGGGUCGUGGUGCGACAUACUAG